AUGGUGGAUCGAGCUUUAAUUGUGGAACAAGAGUUAGCAGAUUCCGAACGCAUUCGAAAUCAGCGAUCAAGGAACAACAACCAACCACGCGGAGGAGGCCCAGUCCGCAACACCAGAAACCAUCUUGUGCCAGCACCCUAUGCUGGAGGAAUGCAACAGCAACAAAGGCAGAAUCGAGGAAACCAGCAAGGAGGAAACUUUGUAAAUGAGUGGAAAGGAAGAUGUUUCAGAUGUGGUCAACAGGGGCAUCGUCGAAGUGAGUGUCCUCAAGGUGGGGAGUAUUUUAUGGAUCAGCGAGGGGCACAACAAUACAACAGAUGCCAACCUGGGCAAGGUUCUAAGCCUACUCAAAAUACUCAGACCAACAAGGGGCAGCCACAAGCCUCUAGGAAUGCAGGCCGACCAAGAACACAACCACAAGGAGCUGGAAAUGGGAAGAAACCAGGAGAGACGAACCAACAAGCAGUAGGGAGAAUGUAUGCUCUCCAAAAAGAAGAAGAUGUUGAUAACCCAUCAGUGAUUCAAGGUAUGUUAAUCCUUAUGAAUUCCUGGGUUAAAGUAUUGUUUGAUUCUGGAGCUUCGCAUUCUUUUAUAUCCACUGCAUGUGUGACAAGUUUGGGUCUAGCGCCAGAGACGCUAGGGAUAGCUAUAAGUGUCGCUUCGCCCUUAGGAGGUCAAACCCGAGUAAAUCUAGUAUGUAAAUCUUGUGAGCUAGAAAUCUUCGGUUCAUAUUUGAUCUGUGAUCUAAGAGUUAUGGAUAUGUCUGAUUUUGACAUCAUCCUAGGAAUGGACUGGUUGUCAGUUUAUCAAGCCAUUAUUGAUUGUUACCAUAGGACAGUGACAGCAUCCUCCCUUAACGGCACGAAAGUCCAAUUUAAAGGAGAUAGACAAGAUUCUCUAACUCCAACGUGUCGCAAGUCGGGACAGCAUGAUCAACUAACCGGAUGGUUGGCAAGCCUAAUUUUGGAAGGCGAAAAUCGAGAGGAUCCAGGAUUACCCCAUGUGGUGUGCGAGUACGCUGACGUUUUCCCUGACGAAUUGCCGGGAUUACCCCCAAAACGAGACGUAGAUUUCACGAUUGAGCUUCAACCUGGGACUUCGCCGAUUUCAAUAGCACCACAUCGUAUGGCGCCAGCUGAACUUUGA